AUGCAAAAUGAAGGAAAGCUAUUUCAAUCUAGCUAUCCAAAGUCUUUUAGAGAUCUGGUUGAGAAGAAUGGGGUGAUUGUAGUUCAUGGUGAGCAGCAGAAGAGACUUCAUGCAAUUGUGGUUAAUAUAACGAAGCUUGAGAAGAUUAGUUCCAACUCAAGUGAUGUGCAAAUUAUAUUGUUUCAAACAAUCAACUAUCUUCUUGAUAAGGAGGUUGUUGUGCUUCAGGAUGUUUGCAGCAAAAAGGUGGCAAUCAAUUUGAUGGUUAAUCAACUGAUGGGAGUGUCAUCUGAGUCUAAAAUCAAAGAGAUAGCAUGUUUUGGAGAUGGUUGCUUAUAUGUCCCAAUUAAUUUGCCAAGAUUUAUCUAUCACACUGCUGUGAAGGAAAGGAAAGGCAUCAUUGCAAAAAUCAAGAAUAUGAUAGCUAAUGGGCAUCAGCGGGGUGGAUCUAUAGAACGAAGCGGAGUUCUUGGUAGGCUGGUGGAGGAAGAGAACUUGAAUGAUAAUCAAAUUGUUGAUUUCAUCAUAAACUUGCUCUUUGCUGGGAAUAAAACUACAACUAAAAUAAGGUUGUUCGUUGUUUACUUCCUCACUCAAUGCCCUCAAGCAUUAGAACUGUUCCUGAUUGAGCAUGAGUGCAUCAAAAGAAGGAUCCAUAAUGAGAUUCUUGAAUGGGAUGACUAUAGAGCCAUUCUUUUCAAUUAA